AUGUCGUCGGGCCUCCGCACCGCCGUCUUCCCGCGUUGGAAGCGCCACAUCUCAGAGGAGCUGAGACGCCGGGACCGGCUGCAGAGGCAGGCAUUCGAGGAGAUCAUCCUGCAGUAUAACAAGUUGCUGGAAAAGUCAGAUCUUCAUUCAGUGCUGGCCCAUAAGCUACAAGCCGAAAAGCAUGACGUACCAAACAGGCAUGAGAUAAGUCCUGGACAUGAUGGUUCAUGGAAUGACAGUCAGCUGCAAGAAAUGGCCCAGCUGAGAAUUAAACACCAAGAAGAACUGACUGAAUUGCACAAGAAACGUGGGGAGUUAGCCCAGUUGGUGAUUGACCUGAAUAACCAAAUGCAGCAGAAGGACAAGGAAAUGCAGAUGAACGAAGCCAAAAUUGCAGAAUACCUGCAGACCAUCUCUGACCUGGAGACCGAGUGCCAGGAGCUGCGCACUAAGCUUCAGGACCUGGAAAGAGCCAACCAGACCCUGAAGGAUGAGUACGACGCCCUGCAGAUCACCUUCACCGCCCUAGAGGAGAAGCUGCGGAAGACUUCCGAGGAGAACCAGGAGCUGGUCACGCGGUGGAUGGCCGAGAAAGCCCAGGAGGCCAACCGCCUAAACGCAGAGAAUGAGAAGGACUCAAGGAGGCGGCAAGCCCGGCUACAGAAGGAGCUCGCAGAAGCAGCGAAGGAGCCUCUGCCAGUUGAGCAGGAUGAUGACAUUGAAGUCCUCACGGAUGAAACCUCUGAGCACCCUGAGGAGACCUCUCCCGUGCGAGCCAUCAGCAGAGCGGCCACUAAGCGACUCUCGCAGCCUGCUGGAGGCCUUCUGGAUUCUAUCACUAAUAUCUUUGGUCUGUCCGAGUCUCCCCUUUUGGGACAUCACUCUUCUGAUGCUGCCAGGAGGCGCUCUGUCUCUUCCUUUCCAGUUCCCCAGGAUAAUGUGGAUCCUCAUCCCGGUGCUAGUAAAGAAGUGAGGGUGCCGACGACUGCAGUAUCUGUCUUUGACGCGCACGACGGGGAGGUCAACGCUGUGCAGUUCAGCCCGGGCUCCCGGCUCCUGGCCACGGGAGGCAUGGAUCGCAGGGUGAAGCUCUGGGAGGUGUUCGGAGACAAAUGUGAGCUCAAGGGCUCCCUGUCUGGCAGUAAUGCAGGAAUUACAAGCAUUGAAUUUGAUAGUGCUGGAUCUUACCUCUUAGCAGCUUCAAAUGAUUUUGCAAGCCGCAUCUGGACCGUGGAUGACUACCGGUUACGGCACACGCUCACGGGACACAGUGGCAAAGUGCUGUCUGCCAAGUUCCUGCUGGACAACGCACGUAUCGUUUCUGGAAGUCACGACCGGACCCUCAAACUCUGGGAUCUACGCAGCAAAGUCUGCAUAAAGACGGUAUUUGCGGGAUCCAGCUGCAAUGACAUUGUCUGCACAGAGCAGUGUGUGAUGAGUGGGCAUUUUGACAAGAAAAUUCGUUUCUGGGACAUCCGAUCAGAGAGUAUUGUCCGAGAGAUGGAGCUCUUGGGAAAGAUCACUGCCCUGGACUUAAACCCAGAAAGAACUGAACUCCUCAGCUGCUCUCGAGAUGACCUGUUGAAAAUUAUUGACCUACGAAUAAAUGCUGUCAGGCAGACAUUCAGCGCACCGGGCUUCAAGUGUGGCUCUGACUGGACGAGAGCUGUGUUCAGCCCUGACGGCAGUUACGUGGCAGCGGGUGCGGCCGAGGGCUCGCUGUACAUAUGGAACGUGCUGUCCGGGAAAGUGGAGAAGGUCCUCUCAAAGUAUCACAGCUCGUCCAUCAACGCGGUGGCCUGGUCCCCCGCCGGCUCCCAUGUGGUCACUGUGGACAAAGGAAGUAAGGCCGUGCUGUGGUCGGAGUAUUGA